AUGUCCAGCAAUAUUCAUAUGGCAGAUGUGAUCAUUGCUGACAGGAUUGUCGCCACAAACUCUAACCAGGUCUGUGUCCGUCCAGGAGUGCUCCACAGUGUGGAGGCCGAAGAUGUUUCUCAGAGUCUGACUCAGACAUAUGCCCUGCCUGAAAUCCCUCGAGACCAAAAUGCUGCUGCAUCCUGGAAUAAAUUAGAAGGGGACUUAAUUGAACUUAGCCAUCUGGUCACUGACUUAUCCCUCCUAGUGAAUUCUCAGCAGGAGAAGAUUGACAGCAUUGUAGACCAUGUCAACAGUGCUGCUGUGAAUGUUGAAGAGGGAACCAAAAACUUGGGCAAGGCUUCAAAAUACAAGCUGGCAGCUCUGCCUGUGGCAGGUGCACUCAUCGGAGGAGUGGUGGGGGGUCCCAUCGCCCUCCUUGCAGGCUUCAAAGUGGCAGGAAUUGCAGCUGCACUUGGUGGUGGGGUGUUAGGCUUCACAGGUGGAAAAUUGAUACAAAGAAGGAAACAGAAAAUGAUGGAGAAGCUCACUUCCAGCUGUCCAAAUCUCUCUAGCCAAAGUGACAAAAAAUGCAGUUAAAGGCCAAGCUUCCAGCUGGCGCAGGGCACCAUCCUAAGGAGCACUUCGCUGCAACUGAGUGCUCAGCUGUUGGAGUAGGGUUAGGAAGUGGCUCUCCAUGCCCAUGUGGCGGGGAACCACCAUAAGUGGAUGCAUUUGUUUGCUGGGUGUUGAUGGAGAUGGUGGAAGGGGAGGAGCCUGGGCUGAAGGCAUAUGAUGUCUGUCAGCUCAAGUUUAAAGACUGCCAAAGAGC